AUGUUUAGCCACAACGCCCGCAACCCAGGCGUCGACUUGCGCACGCUUCGAUACAUCAACGCGCUCAACGUCACAUUCGAUCCCCUGGUCGGCGAAAUACGCAGACGCAUCUUUCAUCGCAUUUGGAUCGACGUCCGCGACGCACACUGUGGCGCCGCGCUGAGAGAGAAUCUUGGCCGUGGCGAAACCGAUUCCGCUGGCACCACCAGUGAUGCCAAAGACGCGGCCCAAUAG